AUGGUCUGGCUCUCGAUAUGCAUCAGACCAUGUACUUGGUACAUUCUCAGACGUUUCAUCGUCAUCGUAGUCGGCAUCAUCAGUGAGUGUUGCCAUUCUCUGCACAAGGCCUCCGAUCCGGAUCUCCCUCAUGGUCUUGCUGCUCUGUUUCUUAUUUUACCGGUUGAUCGAUUUCACUCGGUUUCAGUUCCAGUGUGCGUUUUGAUCCAGGCGCUAUUUCUCAAAGCCUUAGAAGCACGUACACUGCUACCUCACCGAGCAGAGCGCCUAUGCUCUGGUUCCCAUGCUUGCAGGAUCGCCGCUCUCACCACUUUUGGUAAACGUUUACAUGAACAAAAUAGAAGAGAACUUCAAGAUGUCACCAGUGUUGAUGCAGUACCUCGUGAUUACUUCGCGCCUUGGUCACAUGCAAGAAAAAAACUAGAAAAUUUUCGUAAUUUCAUAGGCCAGAUUGAUGAACAUUUAAAUUCACGAUGGAAGGAAGGUGAGCGGUUGCCAUUCCUGGAUGUUGAAGUGAUUCGUUCUAAUGGGUCGCUCAAGAAUAAAUUGUUUAGAAACUCGUUGCGUAGAAUGGCAACAUUCAUUGAUAAUGUCGAUUACGGUGCCGGCGAAAUGUCUGAGAAUGUACCAAGUCCACGAUCUGAUGCUGGGGAUUAUGGUGCCUACUAUGACAGAGGACUUCGGACAAGGUCCGUUCUACUUAAGUCACCCUGA